AUGAGCGAUCUAACGCUAAGUGAAGUCACGGAACCAUUCAACGCUUUUAAAAUUUACGAAGAAUCGCUGGCAAAAUCUACAACACCAUCGUAUACACCACCUCCCUGGAUUGAUCCAUAUUUUGAUCCGUCGACACCGCGUAAUGUAACCGCCCUAAUGGGCAAAUCAGCUUAUUUGAGUUGCCGAGUGCGUAAUUUAGGAAAUAAAACGGUUUCGUGGAUCCGGCAUAGAGAUAUGCAUAUUUUGACAGUUGGCACAUAUACAUAUACAACAGAUUUACGUUUCCAAGCAAUUCAUCACAAUGGUUCCGAUGAUUGGAUGUUACAGAUCAAAUGGACACAAAAACGGGAUGCUGGAAUGUUUGAAUGUCAAAUAUCCACCCAACCGGUACGAAGUUAUUUUGUGGACCUGCAUGUUGUUGUGCCCACAGCCACAAUCCACGGUGGUCCCGAUUUUCAUGUCGACAAAGGCAGUACCAUCAAUUUGACUUGUACUGUUAAAUUCAGUUUAGAACCACCCGCCUAUAUUUUUUGGUAUCAUCACGAAGAGGUUAUAAAUUACGAUUCAACACGCGGUGGCGUUUCGGUUAUAACCGAAAAAGGAGAUGUCACCACAUCAUAUUUGUUAAUACAAAAUGCCGAUUUGGCGGAUUCGGGCAAAUAUUCAUGUGCGCCAUCGAAUGCUGAUGUGGCCAGUGUUAGGGUACAUGUUUUGAGUGGUAAGUAUUCAGUGAAUAAAUAUUUGUUUUGCUAG